UAUUGCUAAGGUAUGGGCAGGUCUCCACGUCUUCAAGCCCCAGAGAAAAAUGUUCAGUGAUGUAAUUUCACUGUCAUUUCCGUUUUAACCGUUUGUUUAUGUUGACCCUUUUAGGAUUUUCCUGGGUAACAACCUUCAGUCUUCAACAACCCUAACAGAAAACUCUCUCACUUUACUCAGCUCUCUCGCUAGGAAUACGCUGCAUGAAACGGCUUGUCCCUGCUCUAACCAUUCCUUUCACCAGACUUGGAGAUGCUGUUAGCUCAAGGUAAACAGAACUGCUCAGCUAAUUACAUGAUUAUGCCCGGCCGUCACCAAGGAAAGACUAAAGGAAGUUCUCGAGCUGGGGAGACCCAUUCGGGAUUUCACCAGGGUUACCCACCUGGGUACCUUUUCGCGCAGACCUGCUCGGCCCUAGAGGAAAAGAGGGGUCUUGGCACACGAGGUAUACCAAGGCAAUCGAGGCUAGCACCCAAGUUUCUUCGGCUUACCUAGCUCAGCGACUUCGCGUCUCCCUAGUAACCACCACUUCCGGCUCCGACCGGAAGCCCGCAAAGUCACUCGGCCAAAGGUGCGCCCGCCGCACGGGGGCGGAGAGAGUCAGUCAGGCCCAGAUUGGACCUACAUUUCCCCAGGGACGGGAACGGCGUCUCUGGGUUGAGGGCUCACGACUGGUCCGGGUGCGACUCUUGGCCUGGGGUUGGGCUCCAUGGACGCCUUCACUCGCUUCACCAACCAGACCCAAGGCCGGGACCGACUCUUCAGAACCACUCAGUACACAUGCAUGUUGCUUAGAUAUUUGUUAGAGCCUAGAGCUGGCAAAGAGAAGGUGGUAAUGAAGCUCAAGAAGCUGGAGUCCAGUGUGAGCACUGGCCGUAAAUGGUUCAGACUAGGAAAUGUGGUACAUGCUAUACAGGCGACUCAGCAGAGCAUUCACGCCACUGACCUGGUGCCCCGUUUAUGCCUAACAUUAGCCAACUUAAACCGUGUGGUUUAUUUCAUCUGUGAUACCAUCCUCUGGGUGAAAAGCGUAGGGCUUGCCUCUGGCAUCAACAAAGAGAAAUGGCGAAUGCGGGCUGCCCGCCACUACUACUAUUUUCUCCUGCUGAGCCUGGUCAGGGAUCUGUAUGAAAUCUUCCUGCAGAUGGAACAGGUUGCAAAUGACAGGGCAAAGAAGGAGAAGUCACCAUUCCAGAAUCCUCUCGGGCACAGUGUGGCAGAUGAGAAAACAGAAUGGCUCCAGUCCUUUCUCCUUCUCUUAUUCCGAUCCCUGAAGAGGCAUCCUCCCUUGCUUCUGGACAUGGUGAAGAACGUUGGUGAUAUCCUGAACCCUUUGAACCAGCUGGGGAUCUAUAAGUCCAAUCCUGGCGUCAUUGGACUUGGAGGUCUUGUGUCCUCUGUAGCAGGCAUUAUCAUUGUGGCAUAUCCUCAGAUGAGGCUGAAGACUCACUAAGGCAGGAUUAGCACCUGCUUUAAAAAAUGACCUCUUAGUGGAACGGACACUUGCAUUAAUCACAGACUGUGUCACACUGAACUUAAGGACUUGUUCACAUGAGCAUUUAGUGACCUGUGAUGUGAGCAGAAGCGGAGCCAGGAAUGGAGGAGUAUGAAAAUUUAUGAAUGGUUUUUAGAGAGCUGAUGUGACUUCCAAAUAUUUUCCCUUCAUCUAACAUUGAUUGAGCAUCUCAUGCAUAUAGUAGGAGCUUAGUAAGUGUUUGCUGAAUGAGUAAAAAUUGAAAGAGACCCAAAACCCAACAAAUAAGUAAACACUAACAUAUAGUAACUUGGGUCGUGUGGAUCACUGGUUUUGUACAACUAUAGUAGGUGUGGUACUCAGUGCUCAGUUAGAUCUAGCAGAGGGCCCUGUUUUUCUCUGAUCAGUUCCUCCCCCUUCUCCUCAAAAAUGUCAGUGGCAGGAUGGAGGGGAGCUUGUUGGCCCUUAUCACUGCACUCUUAUCCUUGUUCUGUCCAGAAGCAGAAUCAGAAAACAUUGGUUACCUUCAUGGUAUAUUGUGUCUGUGGGAAGAGGUGAUCUUUAGGUAGUGAGUAAGCAAAAAUCAGAAGCAGACAGAAGGGACUUGAGGUAAAAAUAGUGUGGACGGCCACACAGGGUAACUGUAUGUAGCCUAUGACAGGUGAGGAAACUGUGGUGGAAAAAGUUGAAGUGAUUUACGUUCAACGCUUCCAGUUCAAUGUUCUUUCUAUGAUAUCUCACUGCCUUCCUGAUUGAGUAGAAGUGUGAGAAUCUCCAGGAUCCUAUGCUUUUCAUCUCUCCUUCUCCCAGAAUUUGGAACCUCCAUUGGUCAGUGAUUUAUAUUCUAUAAAAAUUAAAACCAUGUAUAAACUUAUAAGCUAAAUCGUUUUAAUCAAAACCCUAUAAUAGUUUGGGCAAUUUCACAGUAAUUUUCAUCAAAGUUUACACAGUUAAAAAUUAUAACUCCUUCAUGAAUUUAGGAGGAUCAGUUUUUUUUUUUUUUUUUUUGGAUAAAUCAGACUUUCAUAUGGUUGGGAGAGGUAGAAAAGAACUAUAAGGAGCCAAUGAAGAGGACACUAGAGUAUUGAGUUGAUGCCAUUUACUCGUGUUCCUACUUCCAGCCUUGGGUGUUGGGCUCUUAUUACAGAUCCUUUAGAUUUAGGGGAGCAAGUUGGAUAAAUAGGAUGUUAUUAGGUAGAAGGCCAAUGUCAGCCCUGCCAGUUAAAGCCAUCUCAUUUAUCUGAAUGGAAAUGAGAAAAUGCAAACUAAAUAAAUUUUCCCAUGAAUGUGAUGGAGACUUAAAAGCUAGACUCAGGUCCUUGGCUCUCUAUUUUUAAAAUUAUCAAUCAAGACGUGGGAUUUGGGAAAGGAUAUCUUAGCAACUUUAAGAGAAAUGAAAGGUGCUAUAUCAGGGCAAAUAAAAAAUUCAACUGUUUUUACCUUGUCUAGAUCCUCUACUGUAAUACAGAUUAAUCGUGUCUAAUAAAUUUCUAGACAAAAUGGACUCUUUGUGAAUGUGUUCUGGGAAUGGAGAAGAGUUCAAAGUAGGGCAGUCCAGCAGAUAAUUCUUAAUCAGAGUGUACACAGUCGGAAGACUUUGCUCUGAUAAAAUGAGCUCUGAUGAAGAAAGAUUUAGAUGUAGAGCCACUGGGUUGAAAGAGACCUCUUAGAUGGACUCUUCCAGACUACUGCCCUGGGAGGGUCCUGUACAGCAGCCCUCUCAGUGGUUAUAUGGCUUCUGCCUAGAGAAGUCUGCCUUGAAUUUGUGGUGGCACGUAAAGGUGAACUAUAUCUCGGUACUUUUAUCCUCUGCAAGUUAGGGCUGUGGUGGGGAGUUUGGGAGAUGCCACCUCUUCUAGCAUUUGCAUAACCUUAAUGGUGCCCUGGUACCUCACUUCCUGUAUAUCCUUUUGCUUUCUAACUAACCUCCCCAGCCCUGAGCUUCCACUCUUCAUGAGGGAUUCUAAAAAACAAAUUCCUUCUAGUUGUACAGACCAGCACACUCACAACUGAACAUUGUUGCUUGGGAAUUUAUUCAACAACAAAUAUAUGAGUGCCACGCUUGGUUCUGGGGAUCCACUUAUGAACAAGAUGGCCAAAGUCCCUGCUCUCAUGCGGGAGGGGUGGGAGUAGGAAUGAGGAAAGAAGGAAGAUAACUGUCCUUCAAGUUGCUGCAUGGAAAAUGGACUCUUCCCUCUCCCUCUGGGACUCUUCUAGGCCCUUUCACCACUUCUCACCUCUCACCCACAUCCUGGACUCCCAGCUGAAGGGGCCAAAGGACUAGCUUUGUCAGCAGAGCUUUUAGGCACAAAGCCUCAUACUCCCUAUGGCCCAAAGCUGCUACUCCAAAGGCUUAAAAUUGCCCUUUGGCCCAGGUUUCUCUCCAGACACAGCCUCACAGAUAACUCCUCCUGAGUCUUAAAGUAAGGGCAGAGAUUAUAUCUUUAGAUAUUUUCUUACCUCUCCAUCACUGUUUAUAUUUUAAAAGCCCAGAUUAGAUAAAAAGUAUUAAAUGUAUUACAUAUUUAUUACUCUUUUUGGAGGCUCCUGGGUUGACUGGUCCUGCUUUCUUGACCACUCGUUCCCUUCAUUGUUGUAUCAGAGAUAAAAAAUGUAUCACCAAGGCUCUAGCAUAAAGCACUGUUUCUCCCCAUGUGCUUCUUUCCCAUUACCCAUAGCAUACAACUGAAUAGAGGGGUCAACAAUAGAUACAAUUCUACCAGCAACAAAGAAAAUAAGUCUUGUCCUCGCCCUUCAUUUUAAGAGGCACAGUCUUUCACCGUCUUUGAAGCCAGGAACUAAAACUGGGGCUCUUGCCUGAUUCCUUGUUAAGGAAGGGAUGGGAAAUGAUAGUUCUUUGUUGUUUGGGUGCUGUUCAGUAACAGAAUCAUGGUCAACACUCACUCCUCCAGACUUGUAAGAACAAAAUCCAGUCGACUCACCCAUUGCACAUUCUAGUGGCAUCUUAGGCCAGGUAAAGUUGAGUAAACUUCCUCGAGCUCUAGGAAUUUACAGAGGUCAAAAUUGCUGCCUCAAAGACUGGAUUGCCAAGGACAGAACCUCCAGCUCUGGUUCUCUUUUUCACUGAGGAAUUUUAUCUCCAUAAUCAAAGUAUAGCAUGUUCAAGUGAAUUCGGGGUUUAAAUCUUACUGUUAAAAAUUCACUCUUGUUAGUAAAUAAUAAAAGAUGAAAGAAAUGGGUUGGAAACUGUCCCACAGGAUCCUUUACGGAAAGGAACUAAAGAUUACAGAAUUACAUAAAACUUCUGAGUUAAUGGAAACCCUGGUGGCGUAGUGGUUAAGUGCUACGGCUGCUAACUAAAGGGCCGGCAGUUCGAAUCCACCAGGUGCUCCUUGGAAACUCUAUGGGGCAGUUCUACUCUGUCCUAUAGGGUCAGGAUGAGUUGGAAUCGACUCAGCGGCACUGGGUUUGGUUUGGUUUUGGUUUUUUGAAUUUAUGAGUUGAACAACAUGUAUCCCAACGUCUUCUUUCUGGAAAACAGGUUUUUGAGAAUUGGGGGCCAGAAACAUGUUGCAGAAACAAUAACUUCUCAGGGCCUGGAUUUCCUUCAGUUCUGGGAUUCACCUUCAUGUUGGCUAAAUCUCCUUGCAGAAGUUAGGAUAUGCCUAGGAGACCCUGGGUAAAAUAACCGUGGCAACCGGCUGACCCAGCUUUCUCUUCCUCUCUGCCCCCCUCUAUCUGGGAGGUGUUAGUAGCAUUGCCCAAGACUCCUUGGAGCAACUGGGAUUGUUACUGCUCAAGGAGACGCUCUCCAGCCUGGGACUCUGUGGGGCUGAGGAGGCAGUCAGCUAGAGUGAGUGUGGGAGCAGCAGCUGUGGGGGUCCUGGGGCAUCCUCCUUACCUGGGUUGUUUCUGAGAGUUAAGGGAGUUGAGGAUAAGAAUCUGGCAAGGGUCACCUGGGAAGUUUUAUUAGAGGUGGGGAAGUGUGCAGGAAAUCACUGAAGGAGAGAUUAUUCAAGGUGAAUGACUGGGGGUGUAGAGUAGACAUUCUUGGGCCACUAACUUUUCCAGGGUACAGGUUAAAUAGCUGUUUUCAGAGAGGAGCCCUGGUGGCACAAUGGUUAAGCGCUCAGCUGCUAACUGAAAGGUCAGCAGUUGGAACCUACCAGCUGCUCUGCAAGAGACAAGACCUGGCGAUCUGCUCCCAUAAAGAUUUACAGCCAGGAAACCCUAUGGGGCAGGUCUACUCUGGGUCACUAUGAAUCGGAAUUGACUCAGUGGCAUGCAGCCACAACUGUCUCACCUGAUUGGGCUUAGAGGGAAGGAGGACUGGCAGAUAUGCUUGCUUGGAAGUAGAGGAACUAACCCAGAGCUUUUUCAUUAAAAACAAAACUAUUAAACCUAAAACUUGUUAUUUUAAUCACUUUUGCACCCUCAUUUAAGAGCUCUUAGACUUCAUCUAGGAGCCCUGGUGGCGCGGUGGUUAAAGCACUCAUCAGCCAACCGAGAGGUCGGCCAUUCAAACCCACCAGCUGCUCUGAGGGAGAAGAAUGUGGCAGUCUGCUUCCAUAAAGACUUGCAGCCUUGAAAACUCUGUGAGACCAUUCUUCUCUGUCCUAUAGGGUCACUGUGAGUUGGAAUCGACUAGACAGUAGUGGGUUUGCUUUGAGUUUAGACUUCAUCUAAAGCCUCUUAUCUCUGACAGCUACCUUCAUUCUUCACUUCUUACCCUGAACCCUUGCAAGAAACAUCUGUCUUGACAAGUGGGCUGUGGAGCAACUCGUUCCUAUGGGACUUUAAGAAGUGGCUUCUUGUCUGUGACAUUUGCCCUCCAACCUAUGUCUUCUAUUCAGGGAAAUUGAGAUCCCGGGCAGUCUAGGCUCAGUCGGUGGCCAUGAGAGGUAGGGAACUGCCCGUGUGGAUCUCAAGCCUAUGGGCUU